AAUAAUAAAUCCUUUCUUAAAAACAAUAUCACUACGGAGAGACUAGAUGAAAGGCACAAGACAUGAUGAUGAUUAGGGCACUAAGCACGAGGAAGGGUAGAGGGAGCAGCUACAAGAAGCUCGGUGAGGAAGAAGAAGCAGGUGCUGGGCUUUUACAACAGAGCGCUGCAGUGAGUAAGAGUAAUCAUCAUGGGCAAUCCCCGAAGGUGAAGGUGGAGAAAAGCGGGGGCUCGGUUCACCCUCUGUUUAGUUUCUUCGAUAUGAGUAUAAAGAGGAAGAAGAAGAAGAAGAAGAAGAAAAGCACAACGACGACGACAGCAAAACCAGAAUAUGCUAGGUACAUGGAGUAUGUCAAGGAAGGAGGCGUUUGGGAUAACACUUCAAAUGAACCUGUCAUCUAUUACCGGUAGAGAUCACAGAGGUUAAGGCCCAGCAAAAGCCUGCCUGCCUACACGAAAAUUGUUUAACACGACACGAGAGAGGAGAUGAUGGCACGUCACUAAAACAUAC